UUGGGGCACAGCCCCCUAUUAAGUAGCAGAUUGUGGAGAGAUUCUGCCCAUUUGGAAACAGGCUUCCUAUCUGGGACGUCCUGGGACGAAACCCCCCUGCUCCUCCUCCAGAAAUCAUCACACUGCAGCAGGGGCAUCUCUGCAGAAACCUGCACUUUUUCACAGUAACAUUAAAGCGAGGCAGAGGAAAGCUGUCACAUCAGAUCCUUCAUGCGCUGCUGAGACAGACAAACGAUGAUGAUAAAGAUGAGGGCAAAAGUGGUGUCUGCCUUCAUCACACUGACAUUGCUGUCAUCUAUUAAAGCUCAAGAUCAAGUAAUGCCUCCGUCGGAUUUGAGAUUUAAAAUUUUAAAUGAGAGCACAGUACAGAUGACAUGGAAGCUGCCCCUGACAAGGAUAGAGGGCUUCAGAAUACAAGUAGUGUCAAAUAUAGAUGAGCCUGUGAAAGAGUUUACGCUUCCUGCCUCUACAACAAAGACAUCCAUUAAAGACUUAACCCCUGAUGUGGAUUAUGUUGUAACAAUAUCUUCGUAUUCUGGAUCAGAGGAGAGUUUACCCAUUUCUGGCCAGAUUACAAUUCAGUCAAGUGGGUCUGAAGGAGCUCCUAGAAGACCACAGGUUUCAGAUGUAGUCAAAUGCUCCGCCAGUGCGCUGGUUGACCUAGUCUUCCUGGUGGAUGGCUCUUGGAGUGUGGGACGAGAGAAUUUCAAGCACAUCCGUAACUUCAUCUCGACCGUGGCUGGGGCCUUUGACAUUGGAGAGGAUAAAAGCAGGGUGGGUGUAGUUCAGUACAGCACAGACGCCCGUACAGAAUUCACCCUCAAUCAGUAUCUCAGACGAGUUGAGCUGCUCAGAGCCAUCAACAGUCUACCUUACAAAGGAGGAAACACCAUGACAGGUGAUGCAUUGGACUAUCUGCACAAAAAUAUUUUCACUGAAACGGCUGGUGCCAGGAAAGGAUUCCCCAAGGUUGCAGUGGUGAUCACGGUUGGAAAAUCACAAGACCCGGUUGAGGACUAUGCAAAAACACUGAGGGACAGUGGAGUUGAGAUAUUUACCCUGGGCAUCAAAGACGCUGAUGAGGAAGAGUUAAAGCAAAUGGCUUCCACUCCAUACAGCGCGCACGUCUACACCGUGUCCAACUUUGAUCUGAUUAGGAAUGUGCAGAAAUCUCUCACCACACAAGUGUGUGCUGGAAUAGAAGACCAGCUAAGCUCACUGGCCAGUGGCGAGGAAGUGGUGGAGCCGGCCUCAAACCUGCAAGUGACGGAGGUGGCCUCUAAAUCCAUGCGGCUGACGUGGGACGCUUCUCUGGGUGAAGUGACCAGUUAUAAACUACAGCUGGUUCCCAUGCUGGCGGGCAGCAAGAGGCAGGACCUUUAUGUGGGUCCCACUCAGACCUCUGUGAAUGUGAGAGAUUUGAUCCCGGAAACUGAGUACGAAAUCAGCCUGUUCGCCCUAAGAGGCCUGACCCCCAGUGAGCCCGUCAUAACCUUUCAAAAGACCCAGCCAGUCAGAGUCUCAUUAGAAUGUUCUCUUGGAGUGGAUGUCCAGGCUGACGUUGUCCUCUUGGUCGACGGGUCGUACAGUAUAGGCCUGGCCAAUUUUGCGAAAGUGAGAGCUUUCCUGGAGGUUUUGGUCAACUCUUUUGACAUUGGACCAAACAAGGUUCAGAUCAGCCUGGUGCAGUAUAGCAGGGACCCACACACCGAGUUUUACCUGAACACACACCACGAUCACAGCGCAGUUGUUAAAGCAGUGAGGACGUUUCCGUAUAGAGGUGGUUCCACCAAUACUGGCAAAGCUAUGACCUAUGUGAGGGAGAAAAUCUUUAUUGCAAACCGAGGAGCUCGCCAUAGUGUUCCUCGAGUGAUGAUCCUCAUCACUGACGGAAAAUCAUCAGAUGCCUUCAAAGACCCAGCCACCAGGCUAAGGAAUAGCGAUGUGGAGAUAUUUGCUGUUGGAGUGAAGGAUGCUGUGAGGUCAGAACUGGAAGCCAUUGCAAACCCUCCUGCAGAAACUCAUGUCUACACUGUAGAGGACUUUGAUGCCUUCCAGAGGAUUUCCAAAGAACUGACCCAGUCCAUCUGUCUUCGCAUUGAGCAGGAGCUUAUAAAUAUCAACAAGAGAAGACUGAUCCCACCCAAGUCCCUGAGCUUUUCUGAAAUUUCCUCCAGACAAUUCCGAGCCAUGUGGGCCACAGAUGCAGUCAAUGUUGAGUCCUAUCUGGUUCAGUACAAGCCUACUGCUGAUCCAGCCGCAGGAUAUGUCUCUAUUUCAGUACCAGGCGACACCACCACAGCAAUGUUAGUCCAUCUCACCCCCCUCACGAAGUAUGAAGUCAAUGUCUACGCCCAGUAUGAUAAAGGAGAGAGUUUUCCUCUCACUGGUUUUGAGACUACACUGGAAGAACAAGGAACUGUAGGUAACCUGCAGGUGUCUGAGGAGACCACAGACAGUUUCCGUGUGACUUGGGCGGCCGCUCCAGGCCCAGUGGUCAGAUAUAGGCUGACCUACAGGCCUGUCAGGGGUGACAGCGCUGCAUUGGAGGCAGCCACAGAGGGCACCGAAACCAGCAUCAUCCUCAAGCAGCUGUCCCCCAUCACUACCUACAGAGUGAGCGUGGCAGCCGAAUACCCAUCAGGCAUUGGGCCACAGAUGCACAUUGACGGCACGACUAAAGAAGCACGAGGCUCUCCACGGAACCUGCGGGUGUUUGAUGAGACGCUGUCCUCCAUGCGUGUGGCUUGGGAGGCUGCUCCAGGCCAGGUACAGCAGUAUGUGGUAUCCUACCAGCCCACGGCAGGUGGAGAGAUUAGGGAAGUGACGGUGAAAGGAGAGAACACCGAAACUCUGCUGAGAAACCUACAGCCAGACACUGAGUACCAGCUAGCCGUCAGAGCUCAAUACUCCUCUGGCCUCGGCCAGCCGCUGGAGGGGACCGGCACCACUCUGGAAGAACUGGGCUCCCCCAGAGACCUGAUAACCAGUGAUGUGACAGACAGCAGCUUUAUGGUGUCUUGGUCAGCUGCCCCAGGGAGGGUAAGGCAGUACCGUGUGCGCUGGAAGUCCCAGUUCAGCGAUGAAUCUGGAGAGAAGAUGGUUCCUGGAGAUGUGACCAGCACCCUACUAGAGGGCCUAAGCCCAGAGACACGUUACCAGGUUUCUGUUUUCGCCGCUUAUGGCCUUGGAGAGGGAGAGCCACUGGUGGGAGAGGAGACCACUGAUGCUUCUGCUGCAGCAAAAGCACUGUUUGUGUCUGAUGAGACCGAAAGAACGAUGAAAGUGACAUGGCAAGCUGCGCCAGGUAGAGUGCUGAGCUACAGGGUGGCCUACUCUCCCCAGUUGGGUGGCAAGGAAGUGAUCACCAAAGUGCCACAUAACACAACCACAACUGUCUUGAAGCGACUGCAGCCCAUGACCACCUAUGACAUCACUGUCCACCCCAUCUACAAACGUGGAGAAGGCAAAGCAAGGCAAGGAGUAGGAACAACACUAUCGCCUUUCAAAGCACCAAGAAACCUGCAGACGUCCGAACCAACUAAAACUAGUUUCCGUGUGACAUGGGACCCUGCACCUGGCAAAGUUCGAGGAUACAAGGUCACUUUUCGCCCUUCUGAUAAUGAGCUGAACCUAGGAGAGCUACUAGUGGGACCAUAUGACAACACAGUUGUCCUGGAGGAGCUCAGAGCAGGAACUAAGUACUCCGUGGCUGUGUUUGGAAUGUUUGAUGGAGGCCAGAGUUUGCCAUUGGCUGGAGAAGAAAAGACUACCCUUGUUGACCCACCUGAGCCUCCACCCAUGGACCCUCCUGAUGCUCAGUGUAAAACCACAGCCAAGGCUGAUAUAGUCCUACUGGUGGACGGAUCCUGGAGCAUUGGCCGCGUGAACUUCAAAACCAUCCGCUCGUUCAUCGCUCGUAUGGUGGGCGUCUUCGACAUUGGCCCUAACAAGGUUCAAAUCGGAUUGGCUCAGUAUAGUGGAGACCCCAAGACUGAGUGGCAUCUCAACGCACAUCCAACCCGCGAAGCCCUCCUGGAAGCCGUGGCCAACUUGCCUUAUAAAGGGGGAAACACCAUGACAGGUCUGGCCUUGAACUACAUCCUCCAGAACAACUUCAAACCAAAUGUGGGUCUUCGACCUGACUCUCGUAGAAUUGGUGUCCUCAUUACUGACGGCAAGUCUCAGGAUGAUAUCAUCAUCAGCUCUCAGAACCUGCGGAGCGAUGGCAUUGAACUUUACGCCAUUGGUGUGAAGAACGCUGAUGAGAACGAGUUGAGGUCCAUCGCCUCUGACCCGGAUGAGAUACACAUGUACAAUGUUGCUGAUUUCUCCUUCCUUCUGGACAUUGUGGAUGACCUCACAGUUAAUCUCUGUAACAGCGUCAAAGGACCAGACACAGGCCCAGGGACUCCAACAAACCUGGAGACAUCGGAGGUGACCCAUUACUCUUUCAGAGCCACCUGGCUCCCUCCCGAUGAGCCUGUGGAGAGGUUCCGCAUUGAGUAUGUCCCUGUGGCUGGAGGCAAGACUGAAGUGGUGUAUGUGGACGGCGAGGAGAACACUGUGGUGCUGAACAACCUGACCCCCAUGACCGAGUAUGUGGUCAAUGUCUUCUCUGUGAUUGGAGAUGACAGCAGUGAGCCUCUCAAAGGCACAGAAACCACCUUGCCUCUGCCUGCUGUGAAGAGCAUGACUGUGUAUGAUGAGGCUUUGACCAGCAUGCGGGUGAGAUGGGAGCAAGCAGCUGGCGCCACCGGCUACAUGCUGCUGUACAGUGCUAUCAACGCCACAGUGCCCACCGUGGAGAAAGAGAUGGUAGUUGGGGCAGAUGUGAACGAUGUCCAGCUGCUACAGUUGCUCCCCAACACAGCCUACACACUCUCCCUGUUUGCCCUGCAUGGACAGGCAGCCAGCGAUCCCCUCAUGGACCAAGGAGUCACCUUGCCCCUGCCUCCUGCUGGUAAGCUGCGGAUCAAUGAGGUGACCCAUAGCUCUAUGCGUUUACACUGGGAUGCGGCUCCAGGAAAAGUCAGAAAGUACAUUGUCACCUACAAGGCUGAGGGUGGAGAGCCAAAAGAGGUUGAGGUUGAGGGUGACAUUACCACCCUGCCUCUCACUAGUCUGCGUUCUCAAACUGAAUAUGAUGUUGCUGUGACUCCAGUAUAUGAUGAGGGUCCAGGAAACACAAUGAUUGGCAGCGAGAUCACAGAUGUGGUUCCAGCUCCGAAAAACUUGAGAUUUUCUGAUGUGACACAGACAUCAUUUAGAGCUACAUGGGAACACGGAGCCCCAGAUGUGGCCCUGUACCGUAUCGGUUGGACCAAGAAAGGAGAUAGCAACUUCCAAUAUUCUAUCCUCACCAAUGAAGAAACCACUCAUGUCCUGACUGACCUGGACCCAGACACUCCAUAUGAUGUUACGGUCACGGCUAUUUACCCUGAUGAGUCAGAGAGCGAGGAUCUGAUGGGCACCCAGCGCACAUUGUCAAAGAUCAUUACACCUGCUCCUACUGGACCUCCUCAGAACCUGCAAGUGUUCAAUGCUACCACCACCACGCUGACUGUGAAGUGGGAUCACGCCCCAGGCCCAGUACAGAACUACAAAAUCAACUUUCAGGCAGUGGCUGGUGGAAAAAUUCUGUCUACCCAGGUUGGGGGAAAGAAGAACAGUGUUGUUCUUCAGAAGCUGACUCCUGACACUCCUUAUUCCAUCACUGUCACUUCUGUCUAUCGCAGUGGAGAGAGCAAGGACAUUUCUGGCCAAGGAAAGACAAAGCCAUUAGGCGGAGUUAAAAACCUACAGGUUCUUAAUCCCACCAUGACCACGCUGAAUGUGCGCUGGGAGCCAGCAGAAGGAAAAGUGAAGGAGUACAAAGUCGUUUAUGUUCCGACAGCUGGAGGUGCUGAGAGCAUGGAGCAGGUGUCAGGAACCACCACCAACACAGUUCUAAGAGGCCUGCAGCCUGACACACUCUACACUGUCACUGUCUACCCAGUAUAUGCUGAGGGUGAUGGAAAGAGGAUGUCAGAAAAUGGAAAAACAAGGGCCUUGGGCGGAGUAAAGAAUCUAAGGGUUACUGACCCCACCAUGACCUCGCUUAAUGUCAAAUGGGAACCUGCUGAUGGAGCAGUUCGCCAAUACAAAAUCUUCUACGUCCCUACAGCCGGAGGCACUGAAGAUAUGGAGCAAGUUCCUGGAGGAACAACCAACAUUGUACUAAGGAACCUUCAGCCGGACACUCCUUACACUGUUUCAGUGGUGCCAGUGUACCCAGCUACUGAGGGUAGACGCCAGUCUGAGAAUGGAAGAACCUUGCCUCUUGGUGGUGUGAGGAACCUUCGGAUCACAGAUGCCACCUUCACCACUCUCACAGCAACCUGGGACGAAGCUGAUGGGAAUGUUCAGGGCUACAAAAUCAUCUAUGUCCCCACAGAUGGGGGACCUGAGCUUGUGGAACAAGUAUCUGAAAGCACCACGACUUUGACGAUGAAAAACCUAAAACCAGACACUCGGUACACGGUUACGGUGUUGCCAGUUUAUGCUGAAGGAGAUGGACCACGGCUCUCUGAGGAGGGAAAGACAAAACCUCUGGGUAGUGUAAGGAACCUGCAGGUUACAGAUCCAACCAUAAGCACUCUGAAUGUUCGCUGGGGCCCUGCUGAGGGCAGUGUGAGGGAGUACAUUGUCAUCUACACCCCAGCAGCUGGUGGAGAGCAAGACGUGGAACAAGUGUCUGGGACCACCACCUCUACUGUCCUGAAGAACUUGGAGCCAGAUACAGAGUACACUGUCACUGUAGUGCCUGUCUACCAUGAGAUGGAGGGCAAGGGUCUGUCAGAAAAUGGAAAGACAAAACCAUUGGGUGGAGUUCAGAAUCUGAGAGUAACAGACCCAACUACAAGCACCCUGGCUGUACGCUGGGAUCAUGCUGAUGGAAAUCCUCGGCACUACAAGGUCUUCUAUGUUCCACAGCCAGGAACAGAGGAGAAAAUGGAACAAGUUUCUGGCAGCACCACCACAACUGUUUUGCGCAAUCUGAAUCCUAACACAGUGUACAAGGUCACAUUGCUGCCCAUAUAUGAAAAAGAUGUGGAGGGCAAACGUCAAUCUGAAAAUGGAAAGACAAAGCCUCUGGGUACGGUGAAGAACCUUCAGGUGACAGAUCCGACUGUAAACUCUUUGAAGGUACGCUGGGACCCGGCCGAUGGAGACGUUCGUCAGUACAACGUUUUCUACGUGCCUGCUGCAGGGGGCACUGAAAGCAUGACCCAAGUGUCUGGAGUUUCGACCAACACAGUUUUGAGGAACCUGCAGCCGAACACGGAGUACAGGGUCAGCGUGGUGCCAGUAUAUGCAGAUAUGGAGGGGAAGAGACAGUCAGAGAAUGGAAAGACAAAGCCUUUGGGUGGGGUGAGGAACCUGCAAGUGACUGAUCCCACCACUAGCUCACUCCGGGUGCGCUGGGAGCCUGCUGAAGGAAAUGUGCGUCAGUACAGAUUGUUCUACGUCCCUGCCUCUGGAGGGGCUGAAGACAUGGAGCAAGUGUCUGGAGGAACCACUAACACUGUUCUGAGAAACCUCCUAUCAGAUACAGUCUACACUGUAACCGUGGCUCCGGUGUAUCCUGAGGGAGAGGGUCUUCGGCUUUCGGAGAAUGGAAAGACACUUCCUCGCACCCCACCCAGGAACAUCCAGGUUUACAACCCCACCCCCAACAGCCUGAAUGUGCGCUGGGAGCCAGCCACAGGCCAGGUGCAGCAGUACAAGGUCCUCUAUGCACCUCUUAGUGGAGUCCGGCCAACUGAGUUUGUUUUGGUUCCAGGCAACGUCAACAAUGCAUUCCUGGAUCAGCUAAUCCCUGACACGCCGUACUCUGUAAAUGUCUUGGCGGUGUACGCAGAUGGAGAUGGACCACAAAUCAAAGGAAACGGAAAAACAUUGCCACGGGCCGGACCCAGGAACAUGCGUGUGUUUGAUGCCACCACCAGCACUCUCAGUAUCGCCUGGGACCAUGCUGAGGGUCCUGUACAGCAGUACAAGAUUGCAUAUGCUCCAAUCACCGGAGACCCCAUCACGGAGUUUACUGUUGUUCCUGGAAACAGAAACAAUGCCAUCCUCCAAGGUCUGCUCCCUGACACCCCCUACAACAUCACAGUGCAGGCAAUCUAUGCGGACGGAGCAGGAGGCUCUCUCGUUGGAAAUGGAAGAACACUUGGCCUAUUGGAGCCCAGAAACCUACGUAUCUCUGAUGAGUGGUACACCCGCUUCCGUGUGGCCUGGGACCCUGCUCCAGCUCCAGUGAUGGGCUACAAGCUGGUCUAUCAGCCCACAGAUAAAGAUGAGUCGUUGGAAGUGUUUGUUGGCGAUGUUACCUCCUACACUCUUCACAACCUGCUCCCUGGCACGACGUAUGAUGUAAAAGUGUAUGCUCAGUACGACGGCGGGCUGAGUGGAGCACUAACAGGAGAGGGAACAACACUAUACCUCAAUGUAACCAACCUGGAAACUUACAAUGUAGAUCAUGACAAAUUCUGCAUCAGGUGGUCACCUCAUCGAGCUGCAACUUCUUACAGGAUCAAACUGAAACCUCUGGAUCCUGCAGCCAAAGGGCAGCAGGAGGUCACCAUCACAGCUGCUCAGAGUCAUUACUGCUUCGAAGGCCUGAGUCCAGACUCGCUGUACAGUGCCACUGUGUUUGUACAGACUCCCAACCUGGAAGGGCCUGGAGUCAGCAAAAACGAGCGCACAUUGGUCAAGCCAACGCCAGUGCCAACUCUGCCCCCAACUCCUCCACCCCCACCCACCAUUCCUCCUGGCUGGGCAGUCUGCAAAGGUGCCAAGGCAGAUGUGGUGUUCCUCAUUGAUGGCUCGUGGAGUAUUGGCGAAGAAAGCUUCAACAAAGUGCUGCAGUUCAUCUUCAGUAUCAUAGGAGCCUUUGAUGUUAUUGGCCCAUCAGGAAUGCAGGUUUCUUUUGUGCAGUACAGCGAUGAUGCCAAGACAGAGUACAAGCUGAACACUUACGAUGACAAGGGCACUGCACUGGCAGCCACUCAGUUAAUCCACUACAAAGGAGGAAACACAAAGACAGGCAUUGCUUUGAAACACGUACAGGAAAAGGUGUUUGCUUCAGACAAUGGAAUGAGGAGAAAUGUCCCCAAGGUUGUGGUUGCGGUUACUGAUGGACGCUCUCAGGAUGAGGUGAAGAAAAACGCUGCCAAGCUGCAACAUGCUGGUUAUAGUGUGUUCGUGAUUGGUGUGGCUGAUGUGGACUUUGCCGAGCUCCAGAACAUUGGAAGCAAGCCAAGUGAGCGGCACAUCUUCGUUGUGGAUGAUUUUGAUGCCUUUUCCACAAUACAGGAAAAUCUGGUCACCUUCAUCUGUGAGACUGCGUCAUCCUCGUGUCCGUUGAUCUACGUGAACGGCUUCACAUCACCGGGUUUCAGAAUGCUGGAGGCUUUCAAUCUGACUGAAAGAACGUAUGCUGCUACCAAGGGAGUGUCCAUGGAGCCAGGUUCCUUCAACAGCUAUACAGCCUACAGGCUGCACAAAGAUGCAUUCCUCAGUCAGCCCUCAGUAGACAUCCAUCCUGAUGGUCUGCCCGCAGCUUACACCAUCAUCCUGAUGUUCCGACUUCUUUCUGACUCACCAAAAGAGGCCUUUGAUAUUUGGCAAGUCUCAGACAAGAACCACAAACCUGAGGUUGGCGUCACCAUUGACCCCUCCAGCCAGACUGUAACGUUUUAUAACAAGGACACACGGGGAGAGAUCCAGAAAGCCACAUUUGACAAUCAUCAAGUGAAGAAAAUCUUCCAUGGAAGCUUCCACAAGCUCCACAUCCUUGUGUCCUCCAAGAGUGUCAAACUGAACAUAGACUGCAAGGAGGUGGCUGAGAAGGAGAUCAAGGAAGCUGGCAAUACAUCCGCAGAUGGCUAUCAGGUGCUAGGCAAAAUGUCCAAAUCCAUUGGCUCAAAAGGAGAAUCAGCAACAUUCCAGAUCCAGAUGUUUGAUAUUAUCUGCAGCUUGGGCUGGACGAGUCGGGACAGAUGUUGUGACCUUCCCUCAAUGAGAGAUGAGGCCAAGUGUCCACCUCUUCCCAAUGCCUGCACAUGCACCUCUGACAGCUCAGGACCUCCUGGACCGAUGGGACCUGUGGGUGCACCUGGUAGCAAGGGGCUUCGGGGUGAAAGAGGAGAGUCCGGCCCAGCUGGUCCAGUUGGGCCUCGUGGCGAUAUAGGACCACCAGGACCAAUGGGUCUUCCUGGACCUCAGGGCCCCAGUGGACUCUCCAUUCCAGGAGAGGCUGGCCGUCCAGGACCGAAAGGCGAUCCCGGUGAUGCUGGGCUACCUGGGCAGAAAGGUCCACCUGGCAAAGCCGGUGCUGUUGGCCCUAUGGGACCUUCUGGUGUGAGGGGACCUCCAGGGAAGGAAGGACCGGCUGGACCCAGAGGACCACCAGGACCGAUGGGACCCCCUGGAUCUCCUGGAAUGCAAGGACCUCCUGGAAAGCCUGGAAAUCCUGGUGAUAAUGGUGUUCCUGGACCUUCUGGGCUGAAGGGAGACAAAGGUGAAAGAGGUGACCUUGCCUCUCAGGGCAUGAUGCGUUCUAUUGCCAGACAAGUCUGCGAACAGCUAGUAAACAGUCAGAUGGGUCGAUUCAAUGACAUGCUGAACCACAUCCCCAAUGAGGUGCGCAGCAACAGUCCCGGACCUGCAGGCCCCCCGGGGCCGCCUGGUUCUCCAGGUCCUCAAGGAGAGCCUGGACGGAUAGGCCGAAACGGCUUCCCAGGAACCCCGGGAUUACCUGGCCGACAGGGAGACAGAGGCCCAGCUGGAGAGAAGGGCGAGAGGGGAAGUCCUGGAAUUGGAGAGAGAGGACAGAGAGGCAUGCCUGGACCACCUGGACCUCCAGGUGAGUCUAGAACAGGCCCCCCAGGUCCUUCCGGAGCUCCAGGUCCUCGUGGCCCUCCUGGUCGUAACGGUGUCACAGGAGCUAGGGGCCCACCUGGCCCACCAGGAUACUGCGACUCUUCUCAGUGCGUAGGUAUCCCCUACAACGGACAGGGAUACAGAGGUUCAUAAGCAUUCUAAAGCGCCUGUGCUGCUUUUCACGCUGAAAUCGUGAGAAAGGCCUGAUUCUGAGCUUUGUGCUCGCACAUGUUGAUGUGUUCUAUGAGGAUAACCACCAAGGAAAUGAUUAACGAACCUAUUGAAAACAAUAUAAAACAAACAAGUUCAACAAAGAAAAAUAAAUAAAUAGCGGACUGGUACUAACAACAGUUCACAGCAACUUAAACCGCCAAAGCAACGGGUGAUGGCAGCAACAUAGUGGCCUGUUUGCAUCUUGAAGCCAAACAGCAGACAGGCUGGUGGAGGAGCAUGAUUCAAAACACAAACAACAACAACAGCAACAACAACAACACUUACUAACCAAGAGGAUUUGUAGCCAAGAUGACAGUCAUUUAACCUGUUAACUCCUAAGGUUUUUUUUCUGUAAAUAAACUAAUUGUGCCUUGUAAAUGAACCCAAAUCCACUAAAAGUAGUUUUUAACACCAAUAGUGAGCUUCUGCAUUGUGUCCUGCUGUCUGCUGAAUGCCAACAUGAUUGCCUCUUUUUUAUGCCAUGUGCCUUAAGUGAUGUACCCUCAGAUUUUGCUCAGGGGUGAUUUGAAGCAUGUGCUUUUUUGUACAAGUGAUUUUGGAGAUUUGUUUCAAAGAAAAAAAUCACUUUGUGUGCACACUAGCCCAGAUGUACUUUUAGGAACGAUCCUGUUCUCAUCAUUUGUAGUCAAAAUAGUUUUCGUACAGCCAGCUGUAGCUCAGCUGUGUUCCAUGUGGAAUCACAGCCUUGUUGGAGCUGGAUUAGUUUUACCAGAGAGGUGCUGUGAUUUAAGUGAUUACUGAUGUGAUCCUGUGAUUUUAGUCCAGAAUGAAUCUGCAUUGUGUGCAGCUUUUGCAACGGUGGAGGGAUCUGAAUCUAGUGUGAAUCUGCAAUGCGUGUAGUUUUUGCAGUCUGACAGUAAAAAAUUGUUGAGUAAAUGGUUUCCUGUAAUUGGCUGAACCCAAAGCUCCCUCAGUAAGUAGUAAGUAGUCCUAAUCUAACGCACCUCACACUAAUGGAAUAACAAAACCUGCUAAUAGACACGGCCUGUGGGGUAAUGCUGAUGUAAACAUUCAGGCAAUGACUUUA